AUGUCGGAGACAGAAGCGCCGUUUACCUUCCGCCCCCUGCCGGAGAGAACCUUCAGCUUUCUGGAGAAGACAGACACCCGAGAGCUGCUGACCAAAUGGUCAAUGAAUGGUAGACUAAUGGCACAAGUCUUUUUCUAUGACCAGUAUUUUCAGCCCUAUCAGAAAGAUGACUUUGUCCUGGCAUUUUUCCAGGAUCCAAAUGUGGUUUCCCAUUUAAAAGUUCUUUCCAGCUCAGGACAGUGGACUGCUUUGGGAAGCAAAGUUGAAAAGGUUGAUGUAAAAGAAGUCCCUUGUACUCAGCUGUCAAUGUCAUUAUUUGACUGUCUGUAUGCAGAAAAUAUUGUCAGGGAAAGCGGAUAUAUCUCCAAAUGUCUUGAUGAAUAUGUUGGUGACUUCAUUAUCUCAGAUGAACUUCGUAAAGUUCUGCUUGUAGAAGACUCUGACAAGUUUGGCAUUUUCAGCCCUUCAGAUAGAGAACAGUUUAUUUUCCUGCUUUUCAAACAUCUUUGCCUUGGUGGAGCGGUCUGUCAGUUUGAAGAUGUGGUUAAUCCAUAUCUAGAUACAACAAAAUCGAUGUACAAAGAGCUGCUAAGUGUUCAGAAAGAUCCUGAGACAAAACAAAUAAAUAUCAUAUCAUCAAUCUUCAAGGUCUUGGCAUAUGAUGAAAAUGGGAUGUGCUAUCCAUCUACCCAGCCUCACGAGCAGACAUUUGCCUAUCUAAUUGUGGAUCCACUAAAGCGUCAUGUUACUGUGCUCUACCAUAGUUUUGGUGGUGGAAUCUUCUGA